UUCUUUACCACUGCAUUGCCUCGCUGCAUCGCCGUGAAGGCACCAUCUACUCCAUUGCCCUUUCAAGGCAGCGGGGGCUAGUCUUCACCGGCUCCAAGAGCACCCGAAUUCGCGUAUGGAGGCAGCCGGACUACAUAGAAUACGGUUGCAUUAAGGCAACUUCAGGUGAAGUAAGAAGCACUUUGGCUUAUGAGGACAUUCUUUUCACCACACACAAGGAUCACAAAAUCAGAAUAUGGAACUUCAAAGUCCCAGACAAUUUCAGGUCCAAAAAGAAGGCCUGCUAUACACUGGCUCAUAUGACAAAACAGUCAAAGCCUGGAGGGUCUUAACCAAAAACUGUGUGGAUUCAUUUGUGGCACAUGAACACAAUGUCAAUGCAAUUUUGGUGAAGCAAGAUGAUGGCUGUGUUUUCACUUGCUCCUCAGAUGGGUCAGUGAAGAUUUGGAGAAGGGUAUUUAGUGAAAACUCUCACACUCUCAUCAUGACUCUGAAUUUCCAAAACUACCCUAUAUAUGCAUUGGCCCUAAGCACUUCAUCAUUCAACUCCAAUUGUUUCCUUUACUCUGGUUCUUCAGAUGGAACAAUUAAUUUCUGGGAGAAGGAGAAAAUUACCUAUAGAUUUAACCAUGGUGGGUUUUUACAGGGUCACAAUUUUGCAGUGCUCUGCCUAGUGGCUGUGGAGAGGUUGAUAUUUAGUGGGUCAGAGGAUACAACCAUUAGGGUUUGGAGGAGAGAGGAAGGGAGCUGUUUCCAUGAGUGUUUGGCUGUGCUGAAUGGGCACAGAGGGCCUGUGAGGUGUUUGGCUGCUUGUUUGGAGAUGGACAAAGUAGUGAAGGGGUUUCUGGUUUAUAGUGCAAGUUUGGACCAGACUUUUAAAGUUUGGAGGGUCAAGGUGUCACCAGAAGAGAAGAUGGGGUUCAGUUAUAUGAAGAGGAGUUUUUCCAGGACUAAGGUUAGGGAUUAUGAGACUAGCCCUGUGUUGUCUCCUUCAUGGGUUGAGAGGAAGCUGCUUCAAAGGUAAAAUUUUCUCUAGCA